AGUCAGCUGUUUCCCUCCGGUGCGAGAGGAAGGGAUCGCGGACUGCGGCCGGGAGCUCUCGUGUGCGGCUUUUGUUCGUGCGUGGGGAGGCCUGGACGAGAGGCAGCUGGGAUGCGUGUGCGUGUGUGCUGUUGUUGUGUCGUGCUGCGGUGACCCGAUACCGAGGAACGUCUGCCUGACACCAGCAGAGAGUUAUUUUCGAGCUACAGCGCGUCUUAGAGGGAGAACUACGACAGCUGCGUGAAUGGUCCUACAAAAAAGUGAACGUUUGUUGUCAAGGAAAGUCGAGCUUACGCUUCGCAGUUUCAGGAUUCGAUCCGGCAAUCGACAAGUCUUUCACCACCGCAGAAGCGAGCGUUAGUGACCAAGGCUACGGAGACUAGAAAUUCCUGCUGAAGAAGGCUGCGGAUUCAGACCGCGAUGUCUCUGCGCUGCUCGUAGGGGCGACGGACAGCUAGCUGAUAGCGCCUCAUUCCUAACAAGGUAAUGUGCGAGUCCUUAAGCUGAAGCCCGGGGGCGGCAGAGGAGAUGGCGACGUGCCAGGCGGGCGGAGGCGGCGGGGGCGGCCACCACGGCCACCGCCGGCAGGAGUCCAUGUACGCUAUGACGGGUCUCUACUCGGAGACCGCGUCCGCAGAUGAGGACCUCAACGACUCGAACGCGACCGUCACGACGACGGUGAGCGCGGGCACGUCAGGCGGCUGCUGCCACGACUCCGUGGUCAAGUGCCACAGCAGGAACCCCUCGUCCGGGCUCGUCGACAGGAGUGAAAAGGAACGUGCACAUUCCGCGUAUCCAGAACUUACUGCUGCCAUCCUUCUUCGUGAUUCGAAGGAUUGUGGUAUCCUUAACUGUAGGCCUCCAUUCUUGCAGAGGUUUGCGAGUAUAAAGGUGUUUGUCCUAUUGUUAUCAUUCCUAGUAACACUGCAACAAGCACUUAGCUCAGGGUAUAUUAACUCUGUAAUUACAACAAUUGAGAAGAGGUUCGAAAUACCGUCCAGUCUCUCAGGCCUAAUAGCUUCAUCAUAUGAGAUUGGAAAUGUCAUCACAGUUAUAUUUGUUAGCUAUUUGGGCAGUCGACGGCACAUUCCUGUGUGGAUAGCAAUUGGUUCUGUUAUCAUGGGCAUUGGUUCCAUGGUUUUUAUGGUCCCACACUUUAUAGCAGAACCAAAUCUGGGCACAAUGCUUGCCAACUCAAGCUCAGACAAUAUUUGUAGAGGAGUGUCUUUGAGAGAACAGGACAUGGGACUUGGAAGAUUAUCUUCAGGCCUAUCGUCACCACCAUUGGCCCCACACAACAACCUCCGUGGUGACAACUGCAUACAGGGGUCACCAUCAACAGCUGGCCCCGUCAUGCUGUUCCUAGUGGCACAACUUUUACUUGGUUGUGGAGGUUCACCACUUUUCACCCUUGGAACAACGUACAUAGAUGACCAUGUUCGACCAGAAAGUGCCUCUCUCUAUAUUGGCUGCAUGUACAGCAUGGCAGCAUUUGGACCAGUCCUAGGAUUUCUCCUUGGAGCUUAUCUUUUAUCAUUCCAUAUGGAUUCCUUUUCUGGAACCAUAGUUAAUAUAGAUCCUGGAGACCGCCGUUGGGUGGGAAUGUGGUGGGGAGGUUUCCUCUUGUGUGGCCUCCUACUGAUUCUCGUUGCCAUUCCAUUUUAUGCCUUCCCAAAAACUCUGCAGAGAGAAAAAGAGAAAAUUCGUAUGUUGGAAAAAGCUCGUCCACCGGAUGCCCCUAGGCCACAUAAGUCUACAGACCCAAACACAUCUUGUGGGCAAACAAAUGAUUCAGGCUAUGGGAAAGAUAUAAAAGACAUUCCACGCUCAAUGUGGCGACUUGUGUGCAAUCCUGUUUAUGUGGUUACUUGUUUGGGUGCCUGUAUGGAACUUAUUAUUGUAUCGGGUUUUGUUGUGUUCCUACCAAAAUACCUGGAGACACAGUUCAGCCUCGGAAAAAGUCAAGCCAGUGUAUUUACAGGUUCAAUAGCAAUACCUGGAGCCUGUAUCGGCAUCUUCAUGGGUGGCUGCCUCCUUAAACGUUUGGAACUGCGACCUAGGGGUGCUGUGCAGUUUGUUCUGAUCUCUAACACAAUAUGUCUAGCCUGUUAUGGGUUGUUGUUCUUCCUUGGCUGUGACAAUGUGAAGAUGGCAGGAACAACAAUACCAUACUUCAACAGCUCCAAACAUGAGCCAUUCCAAGUCAAUUUAACAGCUGCGUGUAAUUUUGGCUGUGAGUGUCGCAUGAAUGAUGUCGAACCUGUAUGUGGCAAUAAUGGGCUGACAUAUUUCAGUCCUUGCCAUGCUGGAUGUACAGCAUUCUCAUCCAGAUCAAACUACACUAAUUGUGCCUGCAUCCAUGGAAACUUCAGCCUGCUGACUGGAUCGGGUCCACAAGCUGCUGAGUUUGCAGAAGUUACAGUUGUUCCUGUAGCAACUGCUGGACCCUGUAAUUCCCCCUGUAGAACAAUUUUUCCAUUUCUUAUACUACUUUUCUUCAUGACCUUCAUAGUUGCUGUUACCCAGAUGCCACUGUUAAUGAUAGUACUAAGAUCUGUGGGUGAGGAGGAACGGUCCUUUGCGUUGGGUAUGCAGUUUGUCAUAUUUCGACUCUUUGGCUACAUACCAGCUCCUAUCUUGUUUGGUAAUUUAAUUGAUUCCACAUGCCUUCUUUGGAAAAGUGAAUGUGGAGAGAAAGGUGGACGUUGCCUCUUGUACGAUAUUGAACAGUUUCGCUUUAGGUAUGUGGGUAUAUGUGCCGGAAUUAAAAUACUGGCGUUAGCCCUCUUUAUUGUUGAUUGGUGGUUGGUGCGGAGGAGGCGACAAUUGGAAGAGCAAGCUGUAAUGACAGUUAAUGAUCUCGUUGGUUCAAUCAUUAGCCUUGACAAAUUGUUUGAAGAACGUCCUGCCACAAGCCAAACAGAUGUGAAGACCCUCACAGUGACUACAUCGUACCCAGCAUCUGAACAACCAACGCCUUCAUCGGACUCAUCAGUUGAACCUGUUGAGCAGCGACUGGUGCCGGUGAUUCCACCGCCCUCUGAACUGCAAAAGCUCGAGGGUCCGCCUGAAUCGGUCCAGUCACCUUCCUCAGAUCCAGUCUGUGAUGAUGUGUCGUGUGUACCAUCUGUGACUAAAAGUGAGAAAUGGGAUCACAGUAAAGAUAGUCCUGCCGGUGUAGGAGUUUAAUGAAAAUUGCUGCCUUAGAAACAUGGUUAACUCAUCCGUGAUGAGAGUGAUAUUUAUUUAUAUAGAUGGACUUACCACAUGCAGCUGAGUUAUUUCAGAUUACUGCUGCAGCAGCAUAAAAGACUUAUUUUAUUACACAGAGGCAUGUGUAGAAGGUAGAUGCAUCAAGCUUUAUUUUCUGUAGUUAAGCCUGUCGUAUUGGCUGUAUGUUCCUUGCACAUACUGGAGUUUCCUGUGAUGCUGGUGUGUCAGAAAUGACGAAUGGUGUGUGAAAGAGAUUUUAAUUUUGUAACUUAUUUAAUUCCUGCCUUAUGAACAUAAAAACUGUUACAGUGAAAUGUGAAUGCAUAAAUGAGCAUUGUGGGGAUCCAAGACUCGCAGCAUAUGAAAUAACUGCUGAUUCCAAGACACUGGUAUUGUUAUCUUGCACAUCCAAGUUGCUUCCAGUUUAAGCUCUGUGCUGAAAAUAGCAUGGCUAAAGUAGUUACAAUGAUGACAGCUUAAAGCUGUGAUACGUUGAUAUGUAUGAAACAAAUUAUUUAUUAUUAAUAAUCAUUUUUCAGUUAAAUGACAAUGUAAAAUUGAUGAAAAGGUACAUUGAUUUGUUGUAAGUGAUAUAACUGAGGGUGUGUUUCAUCAAUAAAUGUCUGUGAUUGAAUGAAAUUUCUAUAAUUUGUUGAUCUCAAAACAUGUAAGUCAAUUCCAAAUCUUGAGAAAAUUAUGCUGUGAAGUGCUGUGAGAUCACUGAAAAGUAAGACAGAAAUGUGAAUAAUGUGAAUGUCAAUAGUUUUCUAAAAAAUAAAAUAGAAAAUCUUGUUACUAUUUAUAAUUUUAUAAAAAUGAUAUAAAGGCAUAUAUUUAUAUGCCAUGUUGUAUGUAUGUAAUUGUAAAAUACCUUAUUAUAUAAUUCAUAAUUGUGACACGUGAAACAAUGUGAGUCAACAGUUUUCAUAUUUUCUUUCUAUGUUUCUUACUCUUUUAAUUGCAGAUUGUUUUUAGCAAUUUAUAUGAGGCUGUAUUUUAGACUCAAUAUUUUUAAUAUCCAAAAUUAUUUUAAAUACUUUUUAAUUCCUAAAUAAUUUUGAUGCAAGCUCAAAAAUAUAUUUUGCAUAGCAUUAACAAUGGCAUUGUAUAAAUUUUUACAAACCUCUUAACAAUCAAUGGUCAUCAGAAUUUCCUAAUGUUGUGUUUAGUUUUUUUUUUAACACACAAAUUGGCACAAUGAUACAAUUAAUUAAUCAAGUGCAACUGCUUAUUAGUUGCUAUGGGAGAAUGUUAAUUUGUAUUUCUGCACCCAAUUCCGCUGUCCGUUACUAGAGAGGCAAGUGUCCAAAACUGAUUCAUUACAAUAGUUUUAACUUGUGUUUCUGAAACUUUUGCAUGCAUCUUGCUUCUCGUUCCCUGACUGUAGCACACUUUCAUAAUAAAAUGCAUAGUCAUAAUUAAAUUCAGUUUCUCAUACUGCUGAGAUAGGCUUUCUUUUCCUUUGGUUGAAAGGAGAGAUAAAAUUUGUUACAGCUACUGAAGCAGUUAAUUUCUCUUUCCAUGUGACUCUUUAUAUGUAAUUCUUCAGUGAUUUAGUAUAAGCUUUUCCUCAUGCAAUUAAUUUUGAUGAUAUUAAAAGUUAUCAGUACAUUGUAAAUCAAGGAUGUGUGGUACUUUUAUUAUUUGUGUUGAAAUAAUAUAACAGACAUUUUUGUCACUUAAUAUCAGAAAUGACUUCAGUAUUAGAUACUGCAGAGGGUCCAACUUGCAUGUGAAGAAGUAAGAAUUGCGUAUGAAAUUGUUAUUGUUAUUACUUUUUGUAAUACAGCUGUUUGUUUGAAGGAAAAUUCAUAGCUUUGGAAGGAAGAAAGUUGAAAUGUUUGAAAUCCUUUUUGACUGUUGUGUAAUAACUGUUAAUUAAAAUAUGUCACAAACAAGCACAAAAUUUACUUUCCUUUUGAUCGCAGUCCAUGUACAGUCCUGUGCUUUGAUAAAAUUAUUACCUAGAUAAUGCUUUUGUUGUUAUUGUAUGCAAAUGGUACAGAACAAACGGUAAUCAUUUUUUAAAGUAAUCAGUCACAGACUAAAAUAGGUUAGUUUUAUCUCUUUUUAACAAGCUGUGUUCUCCACAGAUGAGACUCUAAUGUGUACUGCUAUAGUCAGCACUUCAUUUAUGUUCCUUUUUUAAUCUGUUUUUUAUUGUGGUCUAAAUUCAUUGUAUUCCAUCUGUUUUGUCAAAUGCAGCAGAUAUUUGUUACAACCCAGUUAACAAGUUUCUCUUAACUCUGGCUGUCGAUAGCCCAGUUCAUUGCGUCAAGUAUUUCUUAAGCUUUAAGUUUGAUAUGUGCAUGUGAAUCACCAGGGUUGAGGUGUAGGAAGGGUAUUUUAUUCAAUUUUAGUUCUCUCCAUGUCUUACCUGUUAUUAUCUUGUCAAUGUAUUUGUUUUUGAAGAAGUGAACUUUGCAUGCAAGUCUUGUGGAGACAUCAGGUUCCUCACCUUCUUCACUGAAUUGUUAAUACAUUUUAGUUGAAUGAAUUUUUUCCAUUUAAUUUAAUGGGACAAUGGCUGCAGGAACAAGGCAUUAGAAAGUGUUAGUUAUCUCUGUCUUAUUAAGUAAAAUGAAAAUACCUUGGUACUGGAUCUCCAUAUCCAGCAAUAAUUCAGUGAAUUGGGUGAUGAACUAUAUGUUGAUUGUAAUGGAAUUAAAGACAUGCAUUUUUAUGUCUUUUAUAGUUGCACUACAAUAACAAAUUGUUCCAGGGCAAGUGAUAGGUCCGCCAAUGAAACCACAGUAACCCAAAGUGAUAUACAUACAAGUGAACCUGGGAGAGAGAGAGAGAUUAAUAUAUUCUGCCAGUAACUGGUGGUCAGAUACUGCAUUUUUAUAACGUGGAUGAACAUACAAAAUUUACAGAAAAGCUUAAUAUUAUGGAAAAAAGUUCAGUAGGUUUAGGGAAGAAAGGGCAGGACAUACAAACAAUAGGAAAAAAAGUACUCAUACUCUUAAAUUUGUGAGCCUGCACAGGGAUUGGUGUGGUGUGGUUGUCAGGAAGUGGAGUGGAACAGUCUGUUCCUGGGAUACGAAUGCAGUUCUUCAAAAGAAGAUACUGCCUACUAGGGAAAAAAGUACUGUUAAGUACGAAAAUACAGUGUGUAUUCGUGAUAGCAGUCAAUAGAAACAGGGGCAAUAAGUGGGGGUAUGAGAGCAUAUAGUAGGAAAAGACAGGAAAAUGCAACACAUGGUAGGAACUAAGUAACAAGAAAUCAGAGAAAAGUAAAGGUCAAGAAAAGGUGCAUAUGAACAAUAACCAGGGAAUGUGGAUGACUUAAGUAUAUUAAUAUGAAAAAGGAAUUGACAAAAGCAGGGAGAGACAAAAUUAUAUUUGCAUGACUAUUACAUCACAUAAUUUGUGUGUGUCUGUGUCAAUUGUCUCAUUAUUUGUGUACCAGAGUCAGGCUCACUAAUGUUCUGUUAACAUAUAAAGGUAACUUCUCUCUUGUGAUAAGGUAGCAUCGUGACACAUAUUUGCACUUAUUGCAUACCAUUGUUAGACUCUCAACAAUCAUUUUUAGAGGUGCACAACAUAUUUCUGGUGAAGUAAUAUGCCCAUUGAUGGUUAAUUGAUUUGAUACAUUCCUCUCCCUUGCAGAACUAUCACAUGUCUUUCUUGCAAGCAAGGCAUUAUAAUAUUAUUUUUUUCAUACCACCCAUCCCCCACUCCAUUCAUGUCCCCUUUAUUUUCUUGACAUGUAACAGUAUUUCUAUGUUUCAACACUUAAUAUUGCAAUACUACUGCAUUGCAAUGCUGUCCAAACAUAUUUUCUCGGUAAAUUUAAAACUUGGAUUACAAUACUUCUGGGGUCUGAUAUGAAAUGGCACUAUGUGAACACAGAAAUCAGAUACUGUCUGUUGGUGUGAGAAUUUGUAUUUUGAAAACUUAUUUCGUUGGUGACGUACUGUGGGGAACUUUGUAGCAUUAGGACUUCUGCACACCACAAUGUGUAUUUUGAGGUAAGAAGUAAUGUUGGCCUGUCAAGGAGGCUGUCAGGCUUUUCAUGACACAGACAGCAGAGACAGUUUCAAACCCUUUCACCUGUGCAAAAUAAUUAAAGUGAAAUACACAGUAAUGCCACAAGACACAGCAUGAAUUCUGAAAUGAGAAAUAAUAGAUCAAAUAAAAAGAAGAAAGGAAAAAGCUGGCAACAUACAGAAUUCACCUAAGUGUAUAGAACCUGAAUCUCACUGUCCAAUCUAAAUGGGAUUUUUUAUAGUAUAAAUCUAGUUCCAGUUUAUUGCUUUUCUCACAACUAAUGAGAAUUUAAUUAUUAUAAAAUAAAGCAGCUAUGAUACUGUUCACUAACUGCUGUUGCACUCUCAAUGUGACACCACCGCCACAUGCCACCACCACCUGGACUCGUAUUUAGGAGGACAACACUUCUAAUUUCUACACAGUCAUCAAGAUUUAGGUUUUCCAUGAUUUCCCCAAGUUCCUUAAGGUAAAAGACUGGCCAUGGUUCCAUUGAAAAAACAUGGCUGAUUUCCUUCUUCAUCCUUUCCCAAUCCAAGCUCAUGAUCCAUCUCUAAUGAAUUCAUCUUUGACAGGAUGUUUAACCACAAUUUUUCUUCUGUUGUUAUUAUUGUUAUUGUUAUUAUUAUUAUUUGCAUAUGGGCCAUGUUGGAUCCCACAGUGCUUUUAGAAUUGUUUUUCUGGUCUUCCACAUGGCUCCCAUUGUUCCUUACGAGAUAUUUUCCUUUAUUCAGUCCAUUUGGUUGCAGCCUUGUUGCUGGGGUGUUUCCAUAAAAUUUCAGCCUUCAUUUCAUAAUGUAUGCUGGCAAGUUUAAUAAUUUCUUAAUUACUAAAUGAGAUUUCAGCCUGUUUCAUCCUCUUCUCUUCUGGGCCACAAUUUUCCUCAAAAUGCUUCAUUCUUUCUUCAGGAUGUUUUCCAGAUUGUCUUUUAUGUUGAGAAUUAAAGUUUCGUUUGUGUAUAGAGCUUCAGGUUUAAUCACCAUGUUGUAGGUUCUAACCUUUGUUUACAUGAAGAUUGUCUUCCUGUUGUAGAUGUCAGGCAUUCUCCCAUAUACUCUCUUGAGUUUCUGUGUUGGACUCACCAAGCUUCCUCUUCUAGUCCUGUUGGUUCAGUGAUCUCACACAGAUAUUUGAAGUGUCUGACCCUCUCGGUUUGCCUGUACUUUGUGUUUAAUUCCUGAAAGUUCAAUUCAGUGCAAAUUCACUGGGGUUUUCGAAAGAGAUUCAUGGGCCAGCUUUUUAAGCACAUUCUUUAAGAGCUGUCUGUAAUAUCACUAAAUUGUUGCGAAAGCCAAGUAAGAGAUCCUAACAUCAUCUUUUGUUUGUUUAUCUUCCAGAGAUUUUGGAUUUUAAUUCUUUCCCUCAUUUCAUAAUGACUUUAUCAAGGAUAAGAUUGAAGACAAGUGAUGACAGUCCAUCUGCUUGGAGAACACUGGUUUUAAUUUCAGGUGGCUCUGAAAUUACUCCCAUAAAUUCCACUUUUGACUUUGUGUCACUGAGUGUUUGCUUGAUGAGGUUUACUGUCUUUGUAUCUAAUUUGUACUCUUCUAGGCUGUCAAAAUAGCACUAGUAAUUCUUAUAAUAAUAAUUUAUUAUUUUUAUUGUUAUUUUGUUAUUAUAAUGAAUGCACUAGUAAACAAAAUGAAACAAGGUCUCAUCCAUUGGACACCUCCCAUAUACCUAGGAUACAUCAUGUUAGCAGUGGAUAAUGCAUACAGAUUGCAGCAAAGUUGACUUUUGACAAUGGUUUACAUAUGUCCGCUGAGAUCUUUCAUCACUGCACACCAUAUGUCAAGAACCACUGUAACCGCUUUUACAGCUUAAAGUUUGAUUUUUAGAUCUUGAAAGUUUGUAAGCAUUUUCAGAAUUUUUGUCAGUCUAUGAUAGGGAUCUGUGACAGUACACAAAAUUUUUCUCCAUGAUUGUGGUGUCCAACAUCUUGUGUUCUAAUGUUUGAUCAGUCAGAAGUUGAACUUGUUAAUUUUAAACUGUUUUUUUUUUUUGUAGCUUAUAAUCCUAUCAACAAUAUAGGAAAAGAUACAUUGCCACUCACUGUAAAGAUGACAAAUUGAGUUGCAACCUGGACUGGUCUGAGCUGACGGAGAUGGCGGUAAUGUGUGUGUGUGUGUGUGAAGUGUGCUUGCUUGUGUGAAUGAAUGUGUGUGUGUGUUUCCUUUUCUGAAGGAGGCUCUGACUAAAAGCUAAUGUGUAAGUGCCUUUUUGUUGUCUGUCUGGAACUCAGUAUUUCAUCUUUACAGUGUAUAGUACUCUAUCUUUUCCUAUAUUUUUGAUGUUCCAACCUGGAGUUUCCAUUAUAAUUCUAUCAGUUAUUGCCACCAACAUAUUAUUGUACUAAUAAAAAAUUAUAGUAAUAAUAAUAACAAUAGUAAUCUCAUAGCUAUUAAUAUCUGGGCACAUGUAUUACAGCCAGUGAGUUAGACAGAGAAGCAUUGAAUGGAAGAGCCAGAAAAAUGGAAAUGGCUUUUCAAAUCACACUAAAUGUUUAAAACCAAAAGUUGUUUUCUGUAGUUAGCAAUAAUUAAUCAUUACAACUCCACCAUAAAACCAGAGUCUUUAUGGAACCAAGUGUCUUAGCUUCACUGAGAUAUGGUUAGUAUUCAAACCAGAAAAAAAGGGAAAGAUCUUACACAACUGGUUCAAAACUAUUACAACAAUCUCAUACUAAAAUAGAAAAAAAAGGUCAGAGACAAUUUGCUGACAGAGGUAUCAGUUUUACUACUAUAAAAGAAGAAUGAAUGAAUACAUAAAUAAAUGAUUGCCCAAUGUAUCUUCAGUAUCUGUCGACUUGGAACCAAAAACAUGAAUACCAUGGUACAUGAAUGUUUAAAAAUACAAAAAGGAAAUAGGUAUACAAUCAGAAUACAUGCCAAGUCGAUCCAUCUUCAUAACAGCUGUAGGGACAUACAAAGAUAAGAAACAAAUAUGUGGUCAGAUGAAUGGUGACGUAGACACAGUGCAUGGAUGAAAACAUGCAGCAAAAAUGGAAAAAUAAUAAGUGACCAAAGCUGUUGUAAUAGUUGUACGCUUAUCAUGGUCAUUAGAUGUUGGCCAAUAAAUAAAUAAAAGUAAUAAUUAUUAAUUAAUAAAUAAUUAUUAAUAAAUAAUAAUAAUAAUUAUUAUUAUUUUAUAGCAGUCCCCCGUCUUCUGCUUUACUGCUGAUAAUCUUCUCUCAUUUCCUCAGGUGUUUGUAGUAAUACAUGUUCAUAAUACUUAAAUUUGAUUGGGAAAUUGUUGCAUGUCAGAUGGUUGCAAAAUUGUCUCACAAUCAUUUUUAUGCUGAAACACUUUUUUCCUUUUUAUAACAUAUAUAAUUGUUGUCUCCCAGAACUUAUUUGCAUUCAUUACUGGCCCCUUCUCACAUAUUUAAUUUGAGACUCUUGAAAAUAAAUGAUGAUAGUGACAGUAACAUAGCCUCUAAAGAAAGCUUCAUUUGAUGUCAACAAAUAAAAAGUAUCAAACCGGUGAAGUAAACUACAUAAAACAUUUACAUCCAUAAGGACUACAUGCUUCAGUCAGUGCAGCUACUACACCACUCAAAGUUGCUUUUAUUUUGAUUUUUGGCAAAUAAUUCCUUUUGUUGGACAUUCAUGACAGGUUGGAGCUAAGAGUUAGUGAGAGUGGUGAACAAGCUACAAUUUGUGGUUUCCACUGUUGCUCAGUUGUCAGGUUUGACAAGCCCAACUGCUGCAUGUGCAGCGAGGUACGUCAUUGGUGAUGUCACAUGUUCAGUAUUUGUCAUCCAACUGGAUGAUGCUGUUGCUGAGCACAUAACCCAACACAUUAAAAAAACCCUCUAUGUAUCUCCUGAAGUACGACACAUUUGCACAAUGCUCUUGCUUUUGUUUAUUGCUGAAUAUGAAGUGUAUUGACACCCUGUCUUCUGUGCAAAGCUUCAUUACAUGUACCAAUUGGAAAUCCUCUGCACAGUGAAUUCUAUAGAACAAUGCUACAUAAUAUUUUAAUGAAAAACUUAUAAUAUACUGUAGACCUUAUUUUAAUAAAUAAUACAUCUGUUGUAUACUAUCACAAAUAUUACUCUAAACAUGUUCUCAUUUUAAGUAUGUUUGUAACUUGCCCUUUAGGCUUUCUUUGAGAUCUUACAAGAGGUAUUCUCUGUCAUAGCCACCUGAGUAUGUUUGUAACUUGCCUUUUAAGCUAUUUUUUGAGGUCUUGCAAGAGGUAUUCUCUGUCGUAGCCACUUUUUAGAAUUGGUCUGCUCUUCAUCAUGUGUCUCAGAGAUGUUACUAUCAGUGGGAUUGAAUACUAAUACUGAUCUGUAAUUGUUGUUAUUGAUUAACUGAGAUUAAAUUAUUAAUACAAAUUCAUUUUUCUCAAUGACUGACACUGGAAAGAGAUCUAAGAAGAAAUUGUAUAACAUGUUCCCAAGUAGCAUCACUUAAUGAUAUUUAUAAAUGGUUAAAGGAAACUAUUCAGUUUUAGUCAUGCCAUUAGUUAUGGUCAAUCAAUUUUGCUUUCUUUCAGUCAUACUUCUGGGCAAUGAAAAUAGCACAUGCCAUGUAGUGGAAUGUCUUAUAUAAUAUUUAAUAUUCAAAUUUAAAAGGAAUAUUUUUCACCAAAUUAUAUCCCCCUUCCCUCUGCACCUCAUACCUCUUGUGAUGUGACCACCAAGACAGUUUAUUGUAAAUUUUUGUACACUGUUUAUUAGUAUAAUGUAAAUGACACACUGAGUUAUGAGUACUUUAAUUUGACUGUGUUUAGAAGAUGACCUGUAGUAAUAUGUUUCAUUACAAAUAUUUCACAAUUUUUGUCUCUUGGAUACCAGAAGAAUUCUAUUUUCCAAAAUAAUGAUUCACAUAAAUCUAUGAAAAUUUUCAACUUCAUAUCUUCUACGGUGUGUACUAUGUAAACUAAGCCUUCAUUUUCUUUAAUAUUAAUAAUUUGGUUGUGAAAGACUAGUAAAUGCAGUUCUGUGUAACCAAGGUUAAAUGGUGCAGAGAAGUAGGCAUGGUAUGUGGUGUUUCUUAUUUACCGGCAUUUCAUCACAAAGACUAAACUCUGUUGGAUGCCAGUUAACCUUCUGCAAAAUCUGAAAUUCAUGAAAAUAUUGAUCCCUGUUGUAAAGCAAGUUUGUUUGUACAUGUGCUGCAUACUGUGAACUAAUGAGGAGUAAAUUUUUUGUGUGUUUUAUGUAUUUGUGUUCGUAUUCACAAAUGUGUGUGUGUGUGUGUGUGUGUGUGUGUGUGUGGAUUGGUACGUGCAUUAGAUAUCUAUGGAUGGUGCAAAGGUAAAGAUACUAGCUGGAAGCAUGUGCACAUACAUAUGUGCAAGGAAUUGUAAGUUCAGGUAUUUAAAUGUUACUGUAAAUAGUCAAUGGGCACACAAUGAACUGAAUGUUUAAAAUUUUAUAUUUUAUUUUGAAACAAGUUGUUAUGACAAUGAAAUAUGAGAGGAUACUGUAAAAUAUACAUGUAAUUAUGUAAGUAUCAUGUAAUGAGGUUAAUUUAUUUUCACAAUAAACAGAAUUGGAUUAUUCCAUAAACUGAA